UGGGACUGACUCGGAGUGUGUGGCCUUGUCUGUCCCAGGGAGGGAGCGUCUGUGGGAUUCCAGCACACCAAGAAUUCUGACUUUGUGAGGCUGCUGUGGGAGUCUGGUCUCUCUGACUCUGCGUGGUUGUGGCCAAGGGUGUGCGUUUUUGUCAGACGGCCUAAGCGUGGCUGGGUCUGACAGGUGGAGUUUGUGGGUACUUAGGUGUGUGUCUGUGUGGGUGUGUGAUUGCAGCAGAGUCUGAUCAUGGGUCUAAAAUUGGGCAGCUCACGUCUUAACUAUGUGAGGGGCAUGCUGAUUUGAUGGAGGCUGCAGGCAGUAUUGGGGGGCCUCGGGGCACUGAGGUCAGUUGGGAGUAAGGGGGACAAGUUAUGAACUUGGCCUGCUGGGGCAUGGACGAGGCAGUUUGGGGCACAUUGUCUGCGGAGAGCCUCUCAGGAGGCGUUUGAGGGUUGGCAGAGGAGGCACAUGAAGUUUCGUGAGUGAGAAGGGCUCUUGGAGAAUGGCUCAGGGAUUCUGCUGGCAGGUGCCCCGCUGUGGGUGGGGGCUGGGAACAGAACAAGGCUUACAUGUGAGAGCGGGAGGGGUGCCUCUGGGUGGUGGGUCCUGGCUGAGACUCUGGGGUGGGCCCAGGGGGGUCAGCCAGAGGGCUUCCUGUGUCCUGAGGGUGAUUUUGAGUUUUGAGAUGUGGCUGAAGACAUAUUUGUGUGUUUAUACCCUGGUGACCAAUGCGUUUAUCUGAAAAUAUGCAUUUUUCCACAAGUUUGUGUGUGUGUCUGUGUGGUUUACCUGCUGUUUGAAGUGUGAAUCUGUUUUUUUGUGGAGGAGCAAGUGGUUUUUUUUGUUUUUAAAAGGCCCUCAAGCUGAGGGGGGUGUCUCUGAUUUUCCAGGAGUGUCUGUGACUGCAGUGUGUGUGUGUGCAUGUGUGUGUGUGCGUGUGCGUGUGCGUGUGUGUGUGCAUGCCUGGGUGUUGCCGAGCUUGUAGGUGAAUUUCUGCAUGUCUGUCUGUCUGUCUGAUCUGAUAGUAGGUGUCAGGCUUUUCAAGCAGACCUACAAGGCUGAGGGAGUGAGUCUGAGAUUUAAAGUAAGCCCUUGGGAGUAGGAGUCAGGGGAGACCAAGAGGGGAGCCCCAGUGGGCAUCUGAGAGGGGGAACCUCUGGGGGGGUGGCCCCGGGUGAGGCUGGGGGUGGACCCUGGGGUGUCAGGCCGAGGUGGCCUGGGGGUCUGGGAGGGGGCCCUUUGAGAUUUAAGCCUGCAGAUGUGUGUGUGCUGAGUGGGUGUGGGUCUGGGCGUGCCUAGUAUUUGAAGCUGUGUGUCUGCACAUUUGUGUGCGUGUGUGAGUGUGUGUGUUCGUGCGUGCGUGUGUGUGAACAUGCCCGAGUGUUGCUGAACAUGUGGGUGUGUUGCUGCCCAUUUGUGUGUGUGUGUGUGAGGAUCUACAAGUGGGUCUUAAUUUGAACAAGUGGGACUCUGAAGCCAGAGGGGUGUCUCUGAGUGUUGGAAGGGGUCCCCCUGCGUGGAGGGGUGUGCUUGUGAGUCCUGGGCAGGAGGUCAGUGGCGGGAGGGGGCGUCAUUGUGUGUGUGACGAUUGUGUAGGACCCACCUGUCCCCCACCCGCCCCUGAGGGGUCCCCAGGCUCCUGUGUCUCUGCAGCAUGAUCUCCGGUGCCUUUCCCUGGGAGGCCCAGCCUGGACAGUGGGGGAGGGCUGCUGGGAGAGGGGACGGAUUCUGAGCCCCGCAGGAACCCCUGAGUGAUGGGGGCCAGUGGUGAGGGGAGGCUGGGGGCCUUCCUGGAGGAAGAGGCCCCCUUCCCUCCCCCAUCAUAAGAUGGCAGCCAACACGCUGAUGCCUGAGCUGGUAUCAGAGGUUGUUUUAACACCUGAUUUGUGUUGAGAGUGGGGAGGGUGGGAUUGUGCGUGUUGCUGGGGGAUGCAGUGCCGUUCAUUCCUGAGUUUGUCCACAGCGGCCCGGGGCAGCGCCAAGGACAGGGCCCUGAGGAAGUCCGGCCGCUCCUGUGCUCCCAGACGGAACCCAGGGAAGGCCUGUCGUGUCAUGAUGCUGCCUCUCAGCACCAUCGAGGGCAAGGACAUCCCCACCGAGGAGGUGAAGACCAAGCCGCCUGAGAAAGGAGCCCUGCCUUCUGAGAAGCCGGAUGAGCCGCCGAACAACUCCUCCAAAAAGGAGGGAAGGAUGUCAGUCAAACUCCUGCCGAUCUGCCCUGUGCAGUGCCAGGGAGGACUCUAAAAAAAAUUCUUCUUAUUAGAGAAGAAGCCAACUGUUUGCUUCGCCUAUUACUUGGAAACGGAUGACUCUGACUCUGAUCCGCAGUCUCCUCCUGAAACUUGGAAACCUGGUUCAGAUGGCGCCUCCCCUUCGAAGCCUGGUGAGGAGUAUCAGGAAGUCCAGACGUGGGAAUGUCCCCUGUGCUGCCUCAGCAUCCUCUGCCUUUCCUAAUACCUGACAUCCCUCUGCUUCCUGCUCUACACCACGCUCUCCUGAAACGUGCAUGCUGGGCCACUGUGGUGUAAAAUCCCAAAAUACAGACACUUAAAUUGGCUGAAAUUGA